AACUCAUUCAAACACGAAUACUUCUCGUUUGCCCUCUUCUCUCUCACAAAACUAAGCAGGUCGCCGAUCCUCUCUGACGGACACUAACAAUAAUCUUCACCUUCUCUACGUGUGUUCUUAUCUCUUCCUCUCACUCUCUCCCUCCUUCUCUCUCUCUUUUUUUUACGGAUAUUUAAGUGAAUACUAUUAAUUAUCUUGUGUACCCGGCACGGAGCAUAAUUCGGGACUUCCGAUACCGGGUUUCUCCUGGAUUACGACCUGGAAAUAUUUUCAUCCAGUCAUACUUAAUAGCAAGAAUUAUUGCAAACAAUUAAAGAAAAGGACACGAUGUAUGGACACGGAAAAUAUAUUAUUACUAAACGCACGCACACACACACACACGCCCGCGCGAUGCAAUGAUUCAGCCAUGUUAAACACAAACACCUAAACACACAAACACAUACAUUUCAAUAAAUGUAAUUAUCUCCUGAAAGCCGAUGAAGCAAUUAUUUCAUCGACUUUACUAAACAUUCACAAACAGUUUUUAUAUUUCUACGGAGAUGAAAUUUCUAGUUUAUUUUUGACAUAAAACAUUUUUGUUUUUUUACAAAACUCUGUGACUGAAGUAAAUGUGGAGACAAUCACCCGACAUGAUGCACAGCGCAGUUUUUAACACAAACAAUAACAUAUCACUGUUGGUUAGCAUAUGGAGGAUAAAUUCUCUAAAAGCUUUGACAUUCUCAUGCAUAAUCAUUGGAGUGUUAGCUUUGCUCCAUCAAGGAAUCAAAUUCUUGCUCAUAUACACAGAAGCUGAAGAUAUUCAUAAACAAUUGACGGAAGGUGGUCGAAGCAGAAUUUUCACGAAGCGUCGAAUAUUACAGACUUUACUUCACAUGAUCAAAGUAGCAAAUGGCUACAUACUCAUGCUUGUUGUUAUGACUUUUAACACAUGGAUAUUUGUGACAGUCGUCUGUGGUUUGACUGUCGGUUACUUCUGCUAUGGUUGGUCUAUACAGGACAAUUCUUCACAUAGACCUAUCUCCAAGACAAAAUCAAAGUCUAAAAGCAAAAACAGAGCCAAUGCCAAAACAAACAAAGACAGAGGUCAGACAAAUGGCCAAACGAACAACCCACCGCAUCUGCUGAGCCGAAAUGUCUUGUAUCCUGGCGAACACAUUAGUCAUUUUAUAACACUUCUAGAUCAAGAUUUAGAUGUUACAGAAGUUUAACAAAUAAAGAGAUCGUUUUUUUAAUGUUUUUUUCUAA